GACUUGAGUGUGCGGACGGAGGGCUUUUUCAGAUUACGUAUGAGCUUCAUCGACAUCAGCAACCGAGGCGCUCCGGGUGUAAAUCGUGGUACUGCCCCGGUACUUGCCUGGACCUUCUCGGACAAGUUCCAAGUGUACAGCGCAAAGAAGUUCCCCGGGGUGAUAGAGUCUACACCGCUGAGCAAAUGCUUCGCUCAGCAAGGUAUCAAGAUUCCAAUCAGGAAGGAUAACAAGAAUGAGGGCAAUGACGACGAUGAUGCGGAUUAGUCAAUAAGCGCGAAUGGACCUCAUCGAGGUGAUUGGUCUUUUGGAAACGGCCCUUUGAUGUGGGGUGCUGUGUAGGUGCAAUACCAAGCGCCGUGGGUGGGCGGAAGCGUCACUAUCGAAUGCGAGGGCGGUUGCUGGAUCUGCGAUUCUGAAGAACGACUCGCACCACAUGCCGAAUGUUGGGUCGUGAUGAGGGAGGCACGCGUCACUGGACGAUGAGGCGCUUUCGGAAAGGUCUUUGUGACGAAUGUGACGGCCGAGAAAAAAAACUUGGUCCCAGUCCAAGAUGUUCACGACAGGAAGAGAUGCGCAAUCAGCAUGAGCAUGAGCAUGCCAUCCAUGUGACUACUACUGCGGUGAUGGCGGGAACUUUUUUUUUCGACUGCAUACAGAAACGGAGGCAAAGCGUUUUUUGAUACUUGUUCUUGGGAGGCGUUAGUGAUUAUUACUACACUUUUGGAAAUGGAUAUGGGAAUGGAAUGGAAAGGGAAAUUCAUGUGAUUGUGAUGCUACGU